AGUUGUUACCUUUUGCCUUACUAAGAGCUUUCCAGGGGUAAACUGUUAUCAUGCAUUAUCCUGUAUAAAGAGCAGAAAUUCAAAGUUCAUUUAGUUAAUCAGUAUCUUCAAGGUAGACCUGUUAAAAAGGCCACAGCUGGUCUAUCUACAGACACAGAGCCACCAUGGAGCUGCGUCUCUCCGUCUGCGUCCUGCUGCUGCUUUGUGCUGCAAAAAGCUCAAAUGGAGGGAAGAUUUUGGUGUGGUACACUGAGGCCAGCCACUGGAUCAACAUGAAGCCGGUACUGGAGACACUGGUGGACAGAGGACACCAGGUGACGGUCCUGGUCCCGAGUGCGUCRAUGUUCAUGAACAGCAGCGAACCGUCUCGYUUCCAGUACGAACCUUUUGACGUCGACGUCUCAGUAAAAGACAUACAAAAGAGUYUUGAUGAUCUGAUUCACUUCUCCAUUUAUGAGAUGGAUUUUAUGAACCMCUUUCAGAUUUACAUGAAAGCUAUAGAUUUAACAAAGAACAACAUGAACAUUCAUUUAAAGGUUUUGGAUGGCGUGGUGAAAUCAGAACCCAUCAUGAAGAAGCUGAAGGAGGGAAACUACGAUGUGAUAUUUGCUGAUCCGAUCUACCCUGGCYACGACCUGACGGCAGACAUUCUGGGAAUUCCUCUUGUUGUUUCUUUGCGGUUUUCCUUGGCUCAUCACUGGGAGAGGAUGUGUGGUCAGCUUCCUGCACCACCGUCCUUCGUCCCCGCUGCUAUGAGCAAACUCACAGACAAGAUGGACUUCUCAGAGAGACUGUACAACGUCCUCUUCUACGCUCUGCAGGAUGUCGUAAUAAACCAGUUCAUGUUGAAAGAUAUUGACAAAUAUUACUCUGAAGUCAAAGGAACACCCGUUACCUACUGUAAGAUGCUGCGUAACGUGGAUAUCUGGUUGAUGAGAACCUUCUGGGAUUUUGAUUUUCCUCGUCCACUCCUCCCCAACUUUAAAUUUGUUGGAGGGAUCCACUGCAAACCAGCUAAACCUUUACCAAAGGAAAUGGAAAAGUUUGUCCAGAGCUCUGGAGAUGCUGGUAUCGUGGUCUUCUCGUUAGGAUCGAUAGUCAAGAACGUAUCCACAGAGAAAACAAACAUGAUCGCCUCAGCGCUCGCUCAGCUUCCACAAAAGGUCAAGAAAAUCCAGAUAAAUGAUCAUGUGUUGAAGACUUGUAGAGUUUAUUUAGCCAACUCUGAAGUCAGGGGUUUUCAAAGUGAUGGAGAGUUGAUGUUCCAUUCAUACGUUUCACUGAUGUCAUGGGGUUUACCUGCUUUAGCUAUGCGUAGCAUCACAUGAUGCUUCAGCUGCCUUGUCAUUUACAGKGUUAAAAGUAUGACCUGCUUUCUGCUGUGACUGCACUUCAUUUAGCGUCCUGUCAAAAAGUUCCCAGCGUUUGGCAGACCACACUGUCAGUGGAGCAUCUUCAGAUCCAACCCAAACCUAAACAAUCAAGUUCAUACUUCCUUUUAUUUUGCUUAGCCCAGACUCUUUCUCCUUYCUGAUUGCAGCUUUAGGUCCUAAAGAUCUAUACAUUUUGUCUCUUCAAAGCAUAGGCUUAGUGAAGUUGGCUAAAUGAUUGCAGUUACUUGUUCUGGUUUAUUGUUUCCCCUCAAACGGCUCCGGCUGAAGAGCUCUGGCGCCCCCCAGAGGCAGCAUGCCCCACUUCUAAAAGCUCUGAUGUAAGUUAUCCCAGACAUUUGCUGGCAUCAAAAGUCAGGGAAGGGAAGUCUGGGUCAGCAGCAAGUGGCACAAAGGCUGCAGAGCAAUGUGUAGCCAGUACACAGUGAAUC